GGGGAGGGAGCCUGGCGAGCUGCGCCCUUGCUCAGUUCCCAGUAGGGGCCCUGGGACCAGCUCUGCCCCCUGCGCCAGCUCCCUGCCUGGACACAAGGCUCACUCACGCCCUCCUCUCGGCAACCAGCUUCUUGCCAGCCACAGCUGCUGCCCCAUCACUGCUCACCGCCGCCCCCCGUCCUGUGAGCCCAGACACCCAUCCCACCCAGUGGCUCCUCUGCCGGAAAGGUGGCUGCUCCCUGCGUUCCUCCAUCCAGCCAUGAACUGGUGCCCGUCAACACUGAAACUGCUCCAAAGAAUGUAGUGGACACGGGAGAAGGAGCCUUCCGGGGUGGAAACACACGGAAAAGCCUUGAGGAAGAUAGCUCCACCAGAGUCACGCCAAGUGUCCAGCCCCAUCCCCAGCCCAUCAGAAACAUGAGUGUGAGCCGGGCCGCGGAGGACAGCUGUGAGCUGGACCUGGUGUAUGUCACUGAGAGGAUCAUCGCCGUCUCCUUCCCCAGCACAGCCAAUGAGGAGAACUUCCGGAGCAACCUCCGUGAGGUGGCCCAGAUGCUCAAGUCCAAACAUGGAGGCAACUACCUGCUUUUCAACCUCUCUGAGCGGAGACCUGACAUCACGAAGCUCCACGCCAAGGUACUGGAAUUUGGCUGGCCCGACCUCCACACCCCAGCCCUGGAGAAGAUCUGCAGUGUCUGCAAGGCCAUGGACACUUGGCUCAACGCAGAUCCCCACAAUGUUGUCGUUUUACACAACAAGGGAAACCGAGGCAGGAUAGGUGUUGUGAUCGCGGCUUACAUGCACUACAGCAACAUUUCUGCCAGUGCCGACCAGGCCCUGGACCGCUUUGCAAUGAAGCGGUUCUACGAGGAUAAGAUUGUACCCAUUGGCCAGCCAUCCCAGAGGAGGUACGUGCAUUAUUUCAGCGGCCUGCUCUCUGGCUCCAUCAAAAUGAACAACAAGCCCUUGUUUCUGCACCACGUGAUCAUGCACGGCAUCCCCAACUUUGAGUCUAAAGGAGGGUGUCGGCCAUUUCUCCGGAUCUACCAGGCCAUGCAACCUGUUUACACUUCUGGUAUCUACAACGUCCAGGGAGACAGCCAGACCAGCAUCUGCAUCACCAUCGAGCCUGGGCUGCUCUUGAAGGGAGACAUCUUGCUGAAGUGUUACCACAAGAAGUUCCGGAGCCCAGCCCGAGACGUCAUCUUCCGCGUGCAGUUCCAUACCUGCGCCAUCCAUGACCUGGGGGUUGUCUUUGGGAAGGAGGACCUCGAUGAUGCCUUCAAAGAUGAUCGAUUUCCAGAAUAUGGCAAAGUUGAAUUUGUGUUUUCCUAUGGACCAGAGAAAAUUCAAGGCAUGGAACACCUGGAGAACGGGCCGAGCGUGUCCGUGGACUAUAACACCUCCGACCCCCUCAUCCGCUGGGAUUCCUAUGACAACGUCAAUGGGCAUCAAGAUGAUGGCAUGGAGGAGGUUGUGGGCCACACGCAGGGACCCCUGGACGGGAGCCUGUACGCCAAGGUGAAGAAGAAGGACUCCCUGCACGGCAGCACCGGGGCCGUCAACGCCACGCGGCCUGCUCUGUCGGCUACCCCCAACCACGUGGAGCACACCCUCUCCGUGAGCAGCGACUCAGGCAACUCCACAGCCUCCACCAAGACAGACAAGACCGAUGAGCCUGCCCCCGGCCCCUCCAGCGCCCCUGCUUCCCUGAGUCCCGAGGAGAAGCGUGAGCUGGACCGCCUGCUCAGCGGCUUUGGCUUGGAGCGAGAGAAGCAAGGCACCAUGUACCACACGCAGCAUCUCCGAUCCCGCCUGGCGGGGGGCCCUGCUGCUCCCUCCUCCGGCCGCCAUGUCGUCCCGGCCCAGGUUCACGUCAAUGGCAGGGCCUUGGCAUCUGAGCGGGAGACAGACAUCCUGGAUGAUGAGCUGCCCAACCAGGAUGGGCACAGCGUGGGCAGCAUGGGCACACUGUCCUCCCUGGAUGGGGUCACUAACACCAGUGAGGGGGGCUACCCGGAGGCCCUGUCUCCACUGACCAACGGUCUGGACAAGCCCUACUCCGUGGAACCUAUAGUCAAUGGCGGGGGAUACCCCUAUGAGUCUGCCAGCCGGGCAGUGCCUGCCCAAGCUGGCCACCCUGCCCCCAUGCGACCCUCCUACUCUGCACAGGAGAGUUUAGCUGGCUACCAGCGGGAGGGGCCCCACCCAGCCUGGCCACAGUCAAUGACCACCUCCCACUAUGGCCAUGACCCCAGCGGUAUGUUCCGCUCUCAGUCCUUUCCGGAAACCAAGCCCCAGCUGCCCCCAGCUCCAGCCCGGGGCGGGAGCAGCCGGGAGGCUGUGCAGAGGGGCCUGAAUUCCUGGCAGCCUCAGCCACCUCCUCGCCAGCAGGAAAGAGCCCACUUGGAGAGCCUCGGGCUCAGCAGGCCCAGUCCCCAGCCAUUGGCAGAGCCCCCCAUGCCUGGCCUUCCCGAGUUCCCGCGGGCGGCCUCCCAGCAGGAGAUCGAGCAGUCCAUCGAAGCCCUCAAUAUGCUGAUGCUGGACCUGGAGCCAGCCACGGCGGCCGCCCCACUGCACAAGUCCCAGAGUGUCCCUGGGGCCUGGCCCGGCGCUUCCCCGCUCUCCUCCCAGCCCCUCUCUGGCUCUUCCUCCCAGUCCCAUCCACUGACCCAGUCCAGAUCUGGCUACAUCCCCAGUGGGCAUUCCUUGGGCACCCCUGAGCCUGCUCCCCGGGCCUCCCUGGAGUCUGUCCCUCCUGGCAGGCCUUACUCACCUUAUGAUUAUCAGCCAUGUCUAACGGGGCCCAACCAGAGUUACCGUCCAAAGAGCCCAGCUGCCUCCUCCUCGUCUGCCUUCCUUCCAAACACCCAGAGCUCUCCGGGUCCUCAGCUGCCCCCAGUCUCUCUCCCUGGCCUCACCACUCAGCCUCAGCUUCCACUGAAGGAGGUGACUUCAGACCCAUCCCGAACCCCAGAGGAGGAGCCAUUGAACCUGGAGGGGCUUGUGGCCCACCGGGUAGCAGCGUACAAUGCCAGGCUGCAGGGCACUGGGCAGAGUGUCGGCUCUGGGCACCCUCCUCUCCACCGGCUCCGAUCUUCCUCUCUCUCUGGUGGCCUCCCGGAUCCCCUCCCUUCUGGAGCCCCAGGCAAGCAGUCGGACACCCAGCCCCGCCACCUGGAGCUGAGGAAUCCAGUUUUUUGGAAAUUGGAAGGCUGGAAAGAAGAGCUGGGGGUGCAAGCUCGGGAGAAGCAGCCUGCAGAGCCCCCAGCACCUCUCCGGAGGCGGGCUGCCAGCGAUGGGCAGUACGAGAACCAGUCGCCAGAACCUGCAUCGCCCCGUAGUCCUGGGGUUCGCUCCCCUGUCCAGUGCGUCUCCCCAGAGCUGGCUCUCACCAUCGCUCUCAAUCCUGGAGGGCGGCCCAAAGAGCCCCAUCUGCACAGCUACAAGGAGGCCUUUGAGGAGAUGGAGAGAACCUCCCCGACCAGCCCACCGUCCAGUGGGGUGCGCUCCCCUCCAGGUCUGGCCAAGACACCUCUGUCUGCUCUGGGCCUGAAGCCCCAUAACCCAGCCAGCAUCCUGCUGCACCCCACCGGCGACGAGGAUGAGGGGAAGGUGGUGAGAGAGCUUUCUGAAGAGCCCCGGAGCUAUGUGGAGUCGGUGGUGCGGACGGCAGUGGCUGGCCCCCGGACUCAGGAUCCUGAGCCCAAGAGCUUUAGCGCCCCGGUUGCCCAGGCCUAUGGCCGCGAGACACCCCUGAGGAACGGGACCCUGGGAGGCUCCUUUGUCUCCCCCAGCCCCCUUUCCACCAGCAGCCCCAUCCUCAGCGCUGACAGCACUUCAGUGGGGAGUUUCCCAUCAGGGGAGAGCAGCGACCAGGGCCCGCGGACACCCACCCAGCCUCUGCUGGAUUCUGGCUUCCGCUCCGGCAGCCUGGGCCAGCCCAGCCCUUCGGCUCAGAGAAGCUACCAGAGCUCUUCUCCUCUCCCGACUGCGGGCAGCAUCUACAGCAGCCCCGACUACUCACUGCAGCCGUUCAGCUCCCUGGAAAGCCAGGCCCGGUCUCAGUUCGGUGUGGCGGGUGUCCACAUGGUACCUGGGAGCCCUCAGGCACGGCACAGGACAGUGGGCACCAACACUCCCUCUAGUCCUGGCUUUGUCCGCCGGGCCGUGAAUCCCGCCAUGGCUGCCCCCAGCAGCCCCAGUUUGACCCACCGCCAGGUGAUGGGUCCACCCGGAACUGGUUUCCAUGGUAACACGGUCUCCAGCCCCCAGAGCAGUGCAGCAACCACUCCGGGAAGCCCCAGCCUGGGUCGGCACCCUGGGGCCCACCAGGUUUCAAGCCUCCAUGGCAAUGUGGCCACCACUCCAGGGAGCCCCAGCCUGGGCCGGCACCCUGGGGCCCACCAAGGCAACCUGGCCUCCAGUCUCCAUGGCAACGCAGUAGCCAGCCCCGGAAGCCCCAGCCUGGGCCGUCACUUGGGAGGGUCUGGAUCUGUGGUUUCCGGCAGCCCCAGCUUGGACCAGCAGGUGGCCUAUGGUGGCUACUCCACCCCUGAGGACCGGAGACCCACGUUGUCCCGACAGAGCAGCGCCUCGGGCUACCAGGCCCCUUCCACGCCCUCCUUUCCUGUGUCCCCUGCCUACUACCCCGGCCUGAGCAACCCCGCCGCCUCCCCCUCGCCAGAUUCAGCAGCCUUCCGGCAAGGGAGCCCGACACCGGCCUUGCCAGAGAAGCGGAGGAUGUCCAUGGGAGACCGAGCGGGCAGCCUCCCCAACUAUGCCACCGUCAACGGGAAGGUGUCCUCCUCGCCUGUCGCCAGCGGCAUGUCCAGUCCCAGCGGGGGCAGCGCCGUCUCCUUCUCCCACACUCUCCCCGACUUCUCCAAGUACUCCAUGCCAGACAACAGCCCUGAGACGCGGGCGAAAGUGAAAUUUGUCCAGGACACUUCCAAGUAUUGGUACAAGCCCGAGAUCUCCAGAGAGCAGGCCAUAGCCCUCCUUAAGGACCAGGAGCCAGGGGCUUUCAUCAUCCGAGACAGCCACUCCUUCCGAGGAGCCUAUGGGCUGGCCAUGAAGGUGUCUUCGCCCCCUCCGACCAUCAUGCAGCAGAAUAAAAAAGGGGACAUGACCCAUGAGCUCGUGAGGCAUUUCCUGAUAGAGACGAGCCCCAGAGGAGUCAAGCUCAAGGGCUGCCCCAACGAGCCAAACUUCGGAUCUCUGUCUGCCCUGGUCUACCAGCACUCCAUCAUCCCGCUGGCUCUGCCCUGUAAGCUGGUCAUUCCAAACCGAGACCCCACAGAUGAAUCAAAAGAUAGCUCGGGCCCUGCCAACUCAACCACUGACCUGCUGAAGCAAGGGGCAGCCUGCAACGUGCUCUUCAUAAACUCUGUGGACAUGGAGUCACUCACUGGGCCACAGGCCAUCUCCAAAGCCACUUCUGAGACACUGGCUACUGACCCCACGCCGGCUGCCACCAUCGUCCACUUCAAAGUUUCUGCCCAGGGAAUCACACUGACUGACAACCAGAGAAAGCUCUUCUUCAGACGCCACUACCCCCUCAACACCAUCACCUUCUGUGACCUGGAUCCACAGGAGCGGAAGUGGAUGAAGACGGAGGGAGGUUCCCCUGCUAAGCUCUUCGGCUUUGUGGCCCGGAAACAGGGCAGCACCACGGACAACGCCUGCCACCUCUUUGCUGAGCUUGACCCCAACCAGCCGGCCUCCGCCAUCGUCAACUUUGUCUCCAAGGUCAUGCUGAGUGCCGGCCAGAAGAGAUGAACUCCCCCCUCCCCUUGCCCGGGGCCGGGGCAGUGGGGAUGGGUAUGUGGGGAAGGGACCUGUGCAUCCUGACCAUCCUUGAAUCCAGAAGGAGGACUUUGGGCCAAUUUUGGAGAAGGAGAGAAGAAAGUGUCAUGUGUGGGGAGAGGGAAGUGAAUUGAGCGGGGAGGGGGAGAGAGAGAGAAAGAAGGAAAAAGAUGGAGGAGAAUAACUCGGAUUCCCCCGGGGAGAUGGAUACUGCAAAACCCCCAGAGCCUCCCAAACUAACCAGGUCCACCUAACUCCCCCUCCACCCUCCGAGAGGAUGGAACUCCUCAAGAGAGGCAGAAUGAACCUCUCUGGAGAUCCACAUUUUGGGGGGAAAUGGAAAAGCUCUUUCUUCCUAACCCAACUGCUUUGCAAGGAGAAGAAAUCCUGUCAAGAGAAUCUUUUUCUGUCCACCUCUAGGGUAGAUCACCAAACCAAAAAGAGCCACCAUGAGACAUCCAGCGGCGGAACUUUUGCUUUUGAAAGUGUCUCGGACCUGAGGCCCCUAAGGUCUCUUUGCUCUGCCUCUGAUGUACAGUUUGUGGGUGUCUUUAUGGGGUGUAUAUAUGGCCACACCCACAUCCUCACACACUGAUUUCUGUUUGCCUCUCAACUUGAAGUAGAAACAGGUAUACUUGUCCGUGUCCCCUGUGUUUGCACACACAAGUGCAUACUGUCCAAAGAAAGUUAGAGUCGGGGGUGACAGGGCAGCAGGGAGUGGGCAUAAGCCCCCUUCCCCAGGAACACCCAGGAUUGUGGGUAAUGGACGCUCUCUUGGUCCCUGCACCUGCUCUAACAGCCUUGGGUGCCGCCAACCCCUUCUCCUCAACGGAGACCCCCAUGGAGUGGGUCUGGCCACACUGCAACGUUACCCCUGAUCUGCCUCCACCAGGAAGCUGGAGCAUUGGUUUGAGGAGAUGGGGACUUGUGCGUCCGGAGCUCUGGGGAAGAGAUCCCUCAGGAAGGGAGGCUGCUGAGCUCUAGGCACCUUCCCCGAGGCGUGUGGCCCAGCCUCGGGGUGGGCAGGUGGCUCCCGCCAGCUCCCAGCCCUCAGCCCCUUCUUGGGUUUCGUGCCCCAGACCAGCCUUUCUCAGACUUGCUUAUGUGCAUGUUGCCUUUUUGGAUGCUGGUGAUUGAGCCUUCCCGCUCUGCCCUGCCCUGUUCUGUCCUGCAGGGUCCCCAUGUGGGGGCUCAUCCUGGGAACCUGCUUCUAUAAGCCCUGCUCCGCAAGGCCCAGGAGAGACCCCUGCAGUUCCUGUGCUCCCUCUGCAAGGGAUCGGGGGUCUGACUUUUGCUGGACCACCCAGGGGAGCUGGCCAGCUCUGGGGGAGGCUGCCUGCACACCACAUGGCCUGCCUGCGAUACCAAAGCCUUGCCCUUCCCCCUUCUGCCUUGGUUUCCCCCCAGAGCCCAGCUGCCGCGGAGCAGAGGGCAGAAGGCGCACAUUUAGGCCGAAGGGCUGAGAGUCCAGCUGGGCGACUGGGCGCUCCCUGACCACCACCCAAGUGCUCUAAGCCAGACGGGAAAUCCACCAGGACUCCAUCCCUGAGUAGCUUCUUAAGCCUCUGGGUUCCCUAGAGAGAGGCAUUGUACUGAUAUAUAAAUAUAUAUAAUAUAUAUGUGAGACAUACUGACAGAAUCUGUAAGCUAAUGAAAUAUAAGAAAAGGUUAAAAAAAAAAAGAAUAGGUAAAUUGACAAGAAGUAUUUAUUAUUUCCCCAUCUAGCUUUAUUGCCUCCCUGGCAUAAUCCAGUCCCCAUCCCUCUCUGUACCUAUAAGUGAAGCCUGAAAGGUAGGGGCCUUUAUCCUUGGAGCAAUCAGGGGUCUCCUUGCCCUGGCCUUGGCCUUCCCUAGACUCUGACUAGGGCUCAGCGGGGAGGGGGUGCACGUGCUCCAUCCCCUUCACCCCCCUUAUUUUUGGCAAGCUGGGCCCGGCUGUCAGCUCCCAGAGAUGAGGGCUUAGCAGCCCGCCUCCCGGCAGGCCCGAGCAGGUGUGUGAGCCUGCAGGGGACACGGGUGUGUGUGGUGGGUGUGGGUGACGUGUGCGUCUUGUAUUUUUUUUCUCUUCCAAGAAGCUGUAUCUGUGUGGAUGUUCUGUUUCAAGGAGUUGGAAAGGAGAGCGUCUGAAGAUGGUGGGGAGUAGCCCCCUGCUUCCCAAAGAUUGAAACCUUGUUCUUGGUGACCAAGACUCCCCCAAAGGGCUCUUCCUUCUGAGGCUUUCAAGCCAGAUACCGCGGUUUCCCCUCUCUCAUUCCCUACCUAACCCCAACUCUCUUCCCAGACAGAAGAGGAUAUUCCGCCUCUUCCUUUGUAAAUAUCUUGAUCUCCCACUGGACAGCCCGGGAACUCUCUCCUCCUGGUCUGCACGGCCGGGAGGAACAUCAGACUCUUCAUGUGAGUCUGGGGUCAGCCUUCACACGUGCUUUCCCACCGCCCACCAGCAGCCCACCCCACUCAGGCCUGAGCCGUGUGUGACUCUGGGAAGGACUCGAGAUGCUGGGGAGCUGAUCAACUCCCCCGACCCAACAUCCUUCUGGAAAGAGUCAGUUUCCGAGAGUGUGGCCUGUCCAGAAGAACGAUGGGGAAGGGUACCCCGAUCUCCACCAUGGUCUCACCUUUGGGUCAGACACUGCUUGGGAUAACCCUCCCAUGUCUCACAGGUUAGGCCCGUGCACCUUGCACACGUGCGCACACACACACACACACAACCACAGCACUGCAGUACGUUCUUGCCAAAGAUUUCCUUUAAAAGAAAGCACUUUUAAUAAUUAUUGUUGUUAUUGUGAGAAUGUUUAUCCUUGUUUCUCCCCAUCCCUUUCCCCAACCUUUUUUGCUGUUGUUUAUUGUUGAAUCUGUUUGUCAGCCAGGAGAGUGCCGUCUGGUCUUGAAAGUGGGCUGGGGAGUGGGGGAUGGGAAAGGGUCUGGGAGGAGUUGGCAAGAGAGCGCCGGAGGCUGGAGAGGCCUGGUCAGCUCGUGAUGCAGGGAUGCAGACCCCAGGCAAGCUCAGGCCCCAGCCCCAGGCCCAGCCUGUGUCUUGCUGUGCAUCCAGGCCUCUGAGGCAGCCGAGGCCUUACCGGAGCUGUCCUGUACGGUGUCUGGAGGAAACAGGGGGCAGGGAAGUGACAGCCCUCCAAUUCAGCAGGGAGAGAGGCCCAGCAAGGUCCCCGUGGCCCUUCCCAGAUGGAGCGAGAGGGGAGGACUGAGCAUGGGAAUAGUGGAGAGGUGAGCCCAGAGGGGAAAUGGGGAGGAAGGGAACAGUUGGAUGGAGUUCCAGGGCUGAGCGGAUGCCUCUGCCCUGUGAUCGUGGUGUUCUGGCUCCCUCCUCCAGCCAGGUGUUCCAGGGACAGAGACAUUGCGUCCUAGGCUUGGGAAAGGCCCUUUGACCCAGGUCCUCAUCGGAGCCUCUUCCGCAGCAGCUCCAAAUGCUUGCGGACUGCCAGGAUGCGUUCUUCCCUGGCAGGGUUUUGAGGGAUCCCUGGGUGUGUCAGAGACAGGCAGGAUGGGGUGGGGGGACCUGGUGGCUCUGUGAUCGUAAGAGGGAGCCCAAGGGGCACGUGCGAUUCUCUGUAAAGGGGCUCCCGAGGGAGAUGAGCCGAACAUCUUUCUGCCCACUCGAGUGGGCCGAGCAGAGGUUGGGCAGGCCCCUGGUGCCACCCAGGGGUCUGUGGACGAGUCUGUGUCUGGAACAGUGUCCGUGGCCCCCUCCCUGGGACGUUCGUUCAUCACCCCCGCCUCCCGGCUCUUCUCUCCCGCUUUGGUCUUUCCCAGCUUCAGGAUCUGGAUCUGGGGGGGGAUCAAGGAGGCCGAUGCCCUUUCCGAGGGCUGCCUCCUGCCCCUACAUCUCCCCAUCCUCGGGAUCCUUGGAGAUGCUGGGGGCAGAGUCCAGGGGCUACUUUUCACCCGGGUCGAGGCCCCGGAAUCCCGAGACUGGAGUGCCCUGGCCAGUGGUAACACAGAACGUGUGCGCGCGCGUGUGCAAGUGUGGGUGUAUGUGUGUGCGUUUUUUGCUUGUCUCUUUAGGGAACUUAGGAGUCGGGUCGGAGGUGGUUGGCAAUGGGAUGUCAAGUUCACUAUCACCCAGCGGCGGAAGGAAUCAGGAGGCAGGGCUCGUAGGGCCCCUGAUUGGGGGAAUCUCAGUGUCGGUGAGGGUGGGAUCAACCACACGGGGUGGCGCUCCUCUGUCCUCAGAUGUUGAAGUGUUGGAGGACCUCUGUUUAUUUCCCACGCUUGGACUUUUCCCAGCUGCGAGGUAAUUGUAGAGGGAUAGCCCACUUUUGUUUCUAAUCAGUGUUCCACAGCUUGAGACUCUCCUGCGUGUCCACAUGUGGCUCAUGUGUGUGACAGGGCACAUCUGUGCAUGCAUGCUGUGUUUCCCCACCUUUCCCCUCUCUGACAUGUCAUUCAAAACAAAUGUAAGAAACUCCUCACUCCAUCCCCUCCUGCCUCCCAGACCCUAUGCAGGAAAAACCGAGUAACCCAGCAUCCUCCAGAUGCCCUGGCUGUGUAUUUAUAUAGAUGGAAAUAUACUUUCUAUUUUGUAUCAUCGUGCCUAUAAUCUCUGUCACCUUGUAUAAACCCUGAUGUAUGCUACUUACCCUGGAUAUGAAUGUAUUGUACACUGAUGCUGUCCCACUCCUGUACAGCUGCUUUGUUUCUUUGCAAUCCAUGGUAUGGCUUUAUAAAUGAUAAAGUGAAAGAAAAAUC